GGUGCAAGCAACACUUCCCGGCCUGCCUGCCCGCCGCCGGGGUCUUCCGUUCGAACAGCCAGGAGGCGUUUCUGAGGUGGGGGCCCAGCCAGAGUCGGGUGGCCGCAGGCGGCGGGAAUGGGCGACCCAGCCUCGCCGUCCUUCCUUCCCUCCCCGCCGACAGGCUCAACGCGACCCCCGUGCGCCGCCGGGCUGAGGGCCUGGGGCGGACCAAGUCCUCACGAAAGAGGGCCCAGCCCGGCAGCCGGGGCCGCUCGAGGUCCGCCGGCAGGGCCGGCCCGGCGAGCGCGGCCUGGGCGCAGUGCGCAUGAGCGGCGGAAGGCAGGGCCCGCGAGGAGGAGCCCCGGGAGCCGCUGCCGCUGCCGCCGCCGCCGCCAACACCAACCUCGGUCCGCCUCCUCCUGCUCCUCCUCAGAGUCCUCCUGAGCCGGCCCGGCGGGGAGCGAGGCCCGCGCGCAGCCCCACCAUGAACAAGUUGAAGUCAUCGCAAAAAGAUAAAGUUCGGCAGUUUAUGAUCUUCACACAAUCUAGUGAAAAAACAGCAGUGAAUUGUCUGUCCCAGAAUGACUGGAAGCUAGAUGUUGCAACAGAUAAUUUUUUUCAAAAUCCUGAACUGUAUAUACGAGAAAACAUUAAGGGAUCACUGGAUCGAAAGAAAUUAGAGCAACUAUAUAAUAGAUACAAAGAUCCUCAAGAUGAGAAUAAAAUUGGCAUAGACGGCAUACAGCAGUUUUGCGAUGACUUGGCACUAGACCCUGCCAGCAUUAGUGUCUUGAUAAUUGCCUGGAAGUUCAGAGCGGCGACGCAGUGUGAAUUCUUAAGGAUGGAAUUUAUGGACGGGAUGACAGAACUUGGAUGUGACAGCAUAGAAAAACUAAAGGCCCAGCUUCCUAAAAUGGAACAAGAAUUGAAAGAGCCGGGAAGAUUUAAAGACUUUUACCAGUUUACUUUCAACUUUGCAAAGAAUCCAGGACAGAAAGGUUUAGAUUUAGAAAUGGCCAUUGCCUAUUGGAACUUAGUACUUCAUGGAAGAUUUAAAUUCCUAGACUUGUGGAACAGAUUUUUAUUGGAACAUCAUAAAAGAUCUAUACCGAAGGACACUUGGAACCUUCUUUUAGACUUCAGCGCAAUGAUAGCAGACGAUAUGUCAAAUUACGACGAGGAAGGUGCCUGGCCUGUUCUUAUCGACGACUUUGUGGAAUUUGCACGACCUCAGAUUGCUGGAAUAAAAACUGCAGUUCACUGUGAUCAUCAUGCAGAGACAUCAGUGCCCAGAACAAGCUUUUUCUGUGAGCCCAUGCAAACCUCAUCAGCCUGAUGCCUGCAGGUAUUUAGAAUUUCAGAUUUGACAGUGGGAGUAGAUGGUUUGCAGGUCUGAUAGCCUCCAGAUGAGGGAAGGGUGUUAGAUAGCAACUGCGUGAACAGUAACCCCCUCUCCUUUUCGCAUUGACCAUAGUGGGAGUAAUUGUAUGGAGUAAUUGUUUAGUAACUGGAGUUCCUACUUAUUGCUGGGCCUUCUCUGUUUGGUUAUCCAUCUUUAACAUGCCACUCCAAAUUGUAUCGGAGGUAACCCACCCGAAUAGGUUCAGCACUUUCAAUGGAAGAAAGAGAAUCCUUUUAAUUUGAUUCUGCCAUUGUAUGCAGUGGAGAUUAGCUAUGUGCUUUACCGUGGCUGGAUCAUAACUGAGACUAACGCAGAUGUAAUGUUUUUGGUGGUAAAGAAAAAAAAAACCCAAAAUUGUCCUUUUGGGUACCAGCCAGGGGAUGGGGCAGGUGACAAUAUGCAUGAUGCCCUAAUCAUAUCAAUGCUGCAGCUUGCACCAGACAUGCAUAUAAUUGUAGCAUUGGCAUGAAAGCAUCAUGACACACAUAUAAUAAUUUAGUGGUCACUGCAACUUGCUGCAGAUACCAUUAAGUGCCCCGGAAACGUAUGUUGUUCCUUUCUCAUCUACUUACAUUGCUCUCUUCUCUUUUCCAGCAUAAAGCACAUUUAGCUUUAAAUUUCAAUGAAGGUGGACGCUAACAAUAAGGUAGUUGAAAACUGGAACGUGUACUUUAGGUCAAGAGCUAGCUCAAGACUGCAGAUUGCCAUUACUGCAAAGUUCACAGUUUUGAAACACGCUGAAAUGGAAAGAAUUUACGCAGGCAAGAGAGAUAGAGGGAAGUCCAGCAUUUUCAUGUUUUUCAAUCAUGAUGAGAGAUUGAAAAUGCUACACCCACUGUGGUCCCACUAUGUUUGGCUUGCCACUUUUUUUUUUUUUUUUUUUGGUCCAACAGGAGACAUUUUUUUAACUUAACACUUGUGGUUUUAUUCUUUGUGUUUUUAUAUGAUAGCAGCACUUGAAAUACCUCCUGGCUUUUUUAAUCAUUUAACACCACUUUGCUCUUUUCUGGAAAAAAAAAAUAAUCAUUUGAUAGAACAAUAUUGGAAACAUGGAUUUGAGGUAUUUAAAACUCCUUUGUAAUAUUUAAGACCGAGAAGGGCCGGUUUGAUGUAAGUUCAUGAUGUUUUCUUGCUAAUGUCUCUUGUAUCCAUGACAUUAGAAUGCACUUUUAUGCAGAUGCUAAAAUAAUAGGAGGAAAAAUCUUGCUUUUUUUUUUUUUUUUAAAGAAACAACUCUUGUCAGGAUCCUAUAGCCACUCCCUCAGUAACGUUUUGGAAAAGUUUAAGGAAACCAUUGAAUAAAAUUGGAAAUCUUUUAGCUGCUGGAAUUGACAAAGUCAAGUAUGUUAUUUACUCUUUUAUUGUUUCUUGUGUAAAUAUCAGCGAAGACUUGAAUUAUGAAAACUCUACAAAGUGUGCGUGUGCUGUUUUAAAAUUUGGGUACAGCUUUCUCAGAAUGAGUCAUUGAUGUAUGCUAUGUAUUUUUUUUGUGUUCCAAUGUUUUGUUUUUAAUUUUAAUGAGAUGUACUGAAUUCUAUCCCUGUGCUGAAGAUUAGGGCAUAAAUGCCAUGCUGUUCUUGUUUUUUAAGAUGAUUCCUUUUGCAAUGUUGAGGCCUUUUCAACAAAAUGGAAUUUGCCAUCAGUUUGGUACUACACAAUUUAUAAUUACUGUGUAAUUAUAAAACUGCAUUACAUAAAGCAUUGCUGUCUUAAGUAGCAGAGAAACUGAGGUUGUUUGUGUGAUAGCAUUCUUGAAUUUUAAAAAAUGGUUUUAAAUCCAGAGGCAAAAAUUGGUCACCUGCUUUUCAGUGGGAUGUGUAUUGUUAAAGUGGUGCUAGGGUUUGACUGUGUUUAGUGGCAGAAAUAUUUGGCUUAAUUAUUUGUUUCUGAGUGUAAAUGCCUGGCUCUAGCAAAGACUAAAAAUGUUCAGACGUAUCCCCAUGUAUGUGUGCAUGCUUUUUUUUUUAAGUUUUAAAAAUGUAAACUGAAUUUCUACUUGGGUUGAUUUAAUUAAUAAAAACAACCCAUACGUGCAUCCAACGGUAACUUGACCCUAAAUCAUUUUCCUUUUGCCAAAUACUAGACAAGCAGUAAAUGCUUAAUCUUAUCUACUUUUGGAGUUUUAUUGUAUGUAAGACUAGAUCUUCUCAGCCAUACAGAUAAUUUGGUAAUUUUAUUUCAGUCACGUGAUCAACAUUUUUUCUGUAAUUUGAAUUGUAAUUACUGAGAAAAAUACUUGCUGCAAUCCAGAGUCAAUAAAAUACUAGCCCAGUUGUCAUGGCAAACCUUCACAUGAAUUAUGCCAUUGGAGAAGAAGCAAAAAUGACUUUGUUUCUUGAUUUUUUUUUUUUUUUAAAUCAUGGUGAGAGGAAUAAGAGAAUAUUGCAAAUUAAUAUUGUGCUUGCCAUAAAAAUGUAGAUUACGGUUGCACAAAGGAGGGUCUCUUGUUCCCAAACAUGGUUUGAAGUUCCUAAUUUGGGGGGGGGGGGGAGAAAAAAAAUGGUACCUUGAUGUUUUAUUUGGUUGGUCCAAAGCUAUGAAUUGUGAACCUGCUAAAUAAAGUAACUUAUUUCUUGAAAACUACCCUGUGAUACCCCUCUGAAGGACUUUUUAUUUUAAAAAAAAUAACUUUUAAGUUAAACACAAUGAAGAACUGAACUGAAGAAUUCUGGCCAAAACUGAAGAAGCUUCUUGGAUGAGAAGCGAAACGUCUUUGAAGAAAAAAAAACAGGAGUCCAGUUGCCUUUUGGAAAGCACCUUUGGGUCUCAACUGAAUAUUGCUUGCAAAUCAUGUAUGUCAGUUGCUAAGAGUUGUAGUUUUCAGAUAUCCACUGGCAAAAAAAAAAAAAAAAAAAAAGCCCUGUCAGCGAAUUGCAGAAUAAAGCAGGUAUCUGUCAUUGAAAAAAGAAAGUCUUACCUGCAACAGGUGAUGGAUUCUGAGACAGUGCCAAAUCUGUUAUUACAAUAAAAAAGGAACAGGUGUUUCAGGUGCUAUGAAAUGUUCAUCCUCAGGUAUCUAAAAAUGACCUUGAGUCUAGCCCAGUGCCUGGUGGUGGUGAGGCAGUUUUCUGGGCAGUGUCCUAGACAUGUGCAUUGCUUUUUUUUUUUUUUGUAACAGAGUCAACAGCCCAAGGAUUGAUGCCACCAAUUAAAGCCAGGUGUCAAAAUAAUCUCCAUCAUUAAGAGGAACAACAGGCAAUGACCUUUCUUUAAUACUAUGGCUGCAUUCAUAAAACCUGAUUAACCAGUUCACUGAGUUUUAUUUUGUGAGUUCAGGUAACACAUUGGCUAGUUUAUGACUCAAGGUUUGUGCUCCAGGUGAGGCAACUCUUUAAAAAGUGUAGCACAUUCUGCAAAUGUUAUCUGCCAAAUCUUCAUCUGAUCAGAUUGUGUGUGUCUCUGUGUGUGUGUGUGGAGGGACAACGUAGUGAAGGCAUUUACUCUGAGGCAAAUACAAGAAAGAAACAUUUCAAACCUCAUGUCAAAUUAUUCUCAUGUUAUUCAAAUGUGGGUUGAAUUAGAUUCAAUGUUGGUAAUUAGAUGUUUUGAAGGCCAAUGGAAGGAAAGUAUGUGGAAGUAACAUGCAUUCAAAUAUGUAAAAGUUUGAAAAUAAAACUGGAUGAAUUGAG